GUCAAGAAAUUGCAUUGAAGAAGGUCUCAGCUCACGGCGGGCCACGGAAUUAUUAGCCACUUUUGCGAAAACUCGACUUAUUCUUUAAGACGCCCCUGUUCGAGUAAUGAAGAUAGGAGCAUUUACCAUGUUGACCAUUUACUCGAGCCUUGCCUUUAUGGUGCUUAUAUCGCUUUCUCAUGCCUUAUCUAAAGACGAAGUUCCUGCCGAUCCUGUGUUUGAUAAGUAUGAAGAGAUGGUUGCGUUACCUGGAGGAAAGUUCAUGAUGGGGUCAUCGAAAUCAGAUGGCAAGGAUGGAGAGAGUGUCCAGAGAAAAGUCACUGUGAAACCUUUUAAAAUCAACAAGUAUCCUAUUACUGCAGCAUCAUUUAGGAAGUUUGUGAGAGCAAAGAAAUACAAGACAGACGCAGAGAAAUAUUCGUGGAGCUUUGCCUUUGAUGCGUUCGUUCCAGAGGCCAUCAAGAACACUAUUGAGCAGAGAUUACCUGGUGCACCCUGGUGGAUUCCAGUUCAGAAUGCUUAUUGGAGACAGCCAGAAGGUAAAGGAAGUGGCAUCGAGAAUCGAUUGAACUACCCAGCCGUUCACAUCAGCAAUGUCGAUGCUAGAGCAUUCUGUCAGUGGCAUGGAUGGAGGUUACCAACAGAACCAGAAUGGGAGUUUGCAGCUAGAGGGAGUCUGGAAGGCAAAGAGUAUCCUUGGGGAAAAAAAUUUGAGAAGAAUAGGAUGAAUAUUUGGCAGGGCAAAUUUCCAGAAAAGAAUACCAAGGCUGAUGGGUAUCACGGCGUAAGUCCUGUUGAUGCAUUCCCACCUCAAAAUGAUUAUGAUCUGUAUGACAUGAUCGGCAACGUCUGGGAGUGGACGUCGACUAAAUUCAGUGCCACGCCCAGUGCCAAAGAUGACGCCCCCUCCCCUGCCGGAGAAGAGGAGAACCCCUCCCAGGUGCGCUUUGUCUUGAGGGGAGGCUCAUACAUCGACUCCAAAGAUGGAAAAUUCAACCAUGCUACUAGAGUCACAACAAGAAUGGGUAACGAAGCAGACGCUGGCUCCGACAAUUUAGGAUUCCGAUGUGCUGUCUCGUUACCUACUGGUACCAGCGAAAAGAAACCAAAGGGAAAGAAGAAGAACGCAGACAAGGUUGCAAAAGAAGAACCUACAGUGACGGAGCUUCCAGAGGGCGCCAAAUUUGUGCGGCCAAACCCAGCAGAUUUAAACGGGAAGGGAAAAAAGAAGAAGAAUCGAAAUGAACUUUAAUGAAAAUUUCCUGUUAUUAGUUUUAGUUAUUAACCAAUUUCAAUUCGGUAGCAAUACAUGUACAAUCCAAGGAAGAGGUUUACAGUGUUGUAUUUCAGGGUUUCCUUCUAAACUGAGAUGAACUUUAAUGAAAAUUCCCUAUUAUUAGUUUUAGUUAUUAACCAAUUAUAAAUCGGUAGUAAUACAAUCCAAGGAAGAGGUUUACAGUACUGUAUUUCAGGGUUUGCUUUUUCUCCUCUUUACUACUGAAUUGACCAAAUUUACGUAGGUUUAACAAAGGAUCUCCCAGUUACUGUUAAAAGCUAAUGUUUAGCAAAGCUGGUGCUAUUUCUGUAACAUGUUUUAAUGGGCUGUCCUAAAAAAUGAGACUUGUGGCGGUUUCUUGCAGCAAGUCCCAAGUUCUCCAUAUUUUGCUCAUUAUGAUGUAAUUGAAUCUG